GAAAAUAUCUGAAUGUUGCGUACAAAACCACGAUGAUUUAUCGAACUAAAUGUAUAAUGGUGGGCCGAAUAAAUCUGAAGGUUUAUUUUCACACUGCCACCCCUACACCCCUAACAUCCACAUAACUCAAUAUAAAUGUACUUUCCAUUUUUAGCAAGUAGACCUCCAUCCUUGGCAAAUUCUUCUGCAAAAAUGAGUUCAAUUCUGGGGCGAUGUUUCUCUCUUUUAGCAAUAUACUUGGCCAUGACUCAAGUAUGCUUGGGAAGUCCAAACUCGGUGGAAAAAGUGCAGUUAGAUUUUUACUAUGAAAGCUUGUGUCCUUACUGUGCUGACUUUAUCACCAAAGAACUUCCCAUCAUCUUUGACAAUGGGUUGAUUGAUAUUGUUAAUCUUCGCCUUAUUCCUUGGGGAAACGCUAGGAUCAGUACAAGCAACUCCUUUGAUUGCCAGCAUGGUUCUACUGAAUGCUUAUUUAAUUCUGUUGAAGCUUGUGCAAUUGCUGCUUGGCCUAAUCCGAAAGACCACUUCCCAUUUAUUACUUGUGUUGAGAAUCAAGUUUCCAAAGGCGAGUACAACCAAUGGGAAACUUGUUUCAAGAAGUUGGGUUUGGAUCCAAAUCCUGUUACUAGUUGUUACAAAAGUCAAUCUGGCAAAAAGCUUCAGAAAAACUACGCAGCCCUAACUGAUGCACUCCAACCUCAUCAUGAAUAUGUGCCUUGGGUAGUUGUGGCAGGAGAACCCCUUCGUCAGGACAAUAAUAACUUUAUAAGUUAUAUCUGCAAAGCUUACGAAGGAGAUCCACCUAGUGCUUGCCAGGAAGCAUCCCUUGCAAGUAUUUUCAAAGAGAAGAUUGCUCAUGUCUUUUGUCCUGUGUCUAGGGGAUGAAACUUAUUCGAACAAUAUCCAACACAAUCCAAACAAUAUUACUAAUUCGAAUUCGAAUUCGAAUUUUUAAUAAAAUUUGGAUUAAACGGACUUAAUACUUUACAAUUUCGGAUUUUUUUGAUCAAUUUUUUUUAAAAAAAAAAAAAUCUGAUCAAAUUGGAUUAAGGGUGUUUGGCUUCUAUUCAGCCAAACAACAUUUAUGGAUAAUUAAUACUCUUUGAAAGUUGUAAUUUGUUGAUUUUAUAUUAUAAGACGACUGAGAUGGUUACGUUGA